AUGGGUAGCAGGUUCCUUCCAGCCAGCACUUUCGCUCAAGUGUUUCGUCGGUGUUUCACUGCUGACGCUUCGACUACAGCCCCGAAAUUGCGCACCUUCUGCAAGCCGUACGCAAGUAGAUGGAUCAAACGGCUGGAGCGUAUGCAACAGAAGAAGAGGUUUGCGCUCACGAAGGACGCUGCUUUGCAAAUUCCGGAGUCCGAGUCGUACACCGAGACCCAAGUGGCCGGCCUUGGAAUCAGACCUUCCUUCCCAAUAUGGAGCAGUAGAAGGUGCGGUGUUUUGGCAUACAAGCUAGGUUGCAUGUCGCUUUGGGACGAUUGGGGAGAGCGUCACAUGGUCACCGUCUGCCACGUGGACCGCUGUGUCGUGCUUGAGAAGCGCACUAUAUCGGAACACGGAUACGAAGCUGUACAGCUAGGCUUAGGAUAUCGCAACCCAAACCGCCAGUCCAAGCAGAACAUCGGUCGCUUCAUAAAGGCUGGAGUGGGCUCGAAGGACAAUAUUGCGGAAUUCAAGUGCUCUAGCGACUGCUUGCUGCCAGUUGGGCACUAUAUGAGCGUGCGACACUUUACCCCUGGUCAGUGGGUGUUUGUAUCGGGUUGGUCGCGGGCGAAGGGGUUCAAAGGGGCCAUGCGCCGUUGGCAUUUCGGUGGUCAGAACGCAAGUCAUGGUACGGAGUGCAAGGCGCAUAGUGCACCAGGGUCUAUCGCACAGGGUAAAUCUGCGCAUAUCGUAUGGCGCGGUACCAAGAUGGGUGGGCAUCACGGCCCUGACCCCCGAGUGACAAACUGCAGAGUGUUCCGCAUCGAAAGCCAUCGCAACCUUAUAUUUUUGAAAGGCGCGGUACCGGGUGACGUGGGCAGCGUUCUGAAGAUAAGGGACGCAUUAGGGAUAUCUGCGCGCAAAAAUCGCGGCCUCCACAUCCACUAUCCCACAUUUGUCCCCAAGGCAGGGCAGUCAUAUCCGGUGACGCUGCAGGAGGUGCCGAAAGAACGUGAUCCAUUCUUGUUCACAGAGGAUCCUAUGUACGACCAUCAUCAACAGCAAUAG